CGCUCUCCCGCCGCAGCUCCGCUCCGAUCGCCGCGCAGCCCGCCCCGCCGCCGCCGCCGCCGCCGCGGGCAGACGCUCUCCGCUCCGCUCGGCCCUGCGCGCCGCGGCCAUGCAGCGCCGGGGCGCCCUGUUCGGCGUGCCGGGCGGCAGCGGCAGGGGGAAGAUGGCUGCAGGGGACAUCGGCGAGCUGCUGGUGCCCCACAUGCCCACGAUCCGCGUGCCCCGGUCCGGGGACCGCGUCUACAAGACCGAGUGCGCCUUCUCCUACGACUCGCCGAAUUCUGAAGGCGGACUCUAUGUUUGCAUGAAUACGUUUCUGGCCUUUGGAAGGGAACACGUUGAAAGACAUUUUCGAAAAACUGGACAGAGUGUAUACAUGCACCUGAAAAGACAUGUGCGAGAGAAAGUAAAAGGUGCAUCUGGUGGAGCUUUACCCAAAAGGAGGAAUUCCAAGAUUUUUUUAGAUCUAGAUACUGAUGACGAUUUAAAUAGCGACGAUUAUGAAUACGAAGAUGAAGCCAAACUUGUUAUAUUCCCAGACCACUAUGAAAUAGCACUACCAAAUAUUGAGGAGUUACCGGCCCUGGUAACAAUUGCUUGCGAUGCAGUUCUUAGCUCAAAAUCUCCAUACAGAAAGCAAGACCCAGACACCUGGGAACACGAAUUGCCAGUAUCCAAGUAUGCCAAUAACCUCACCCAGCUGGACAAUGGAGUCAGGAUUCCUCCAAGUGGUUGGAAGUGUGCCAGAUGUGACCUGCGGGAAAACCUCUGGUUGAACCUCACCGAUGGCUCCGUCCUGUGUGGGAAGUGGUUCUUUGACAGCUCUGGGGGCAACGGGCACGCCCUGGAGCAUUACAGAGACAUGGGCUACCCUCUCGCUGUGAAACUGGGAACCAUCACUCCUGACGGGGCAGAUGUUUAUUCGUUUCAAGAAGAGGAACCCGUUACGGAUCCUCACUUGGCCAAGCACUUAGCACAUUUUGGAAUCGAUAUGCUUCAUAUGCAUGGGACAGAGAACGGGCUGCGGGACAAUGACAUCAAGCCGAGGGUCAGCGAGUGGGAGGUGAUCCAGGAGACGGGCACGAAGCUGAAGCCCAUGUACGGCCCCGGGUACACGGGGCUCAAGAACCUGGGCAACAGCUGCUACCUCAGCUCCGUCAUGCAGGCCAUCUUCAGCAUCCCGGAGUUCCAGAGAGCGUACGUAGGAAAUCUUCCCAGAAUAUUUGACUAUUCUCCUCUAGAUCCAACACAAGAUUUCAACACACAGAUGACUAAGUUAGGACAUGGCCUUCUCUCAGGCCAGUAUUCCAAGCCUCCAGUGAAAUCCGAACUCAUUGAACAGGUGAUGAAGGAGGAGCACAAGCCUCAGCAGAACGGGAUCUCUCCACGCAUGUUCAAGGCCUUUGUAAGCAAGAGUCAUCCGGAAUUCUCCUCCAACAGACAGCAGGAUGCCCAGGAAUUCUUCCUGCACCUGGUGAAUCUGGUAGAGAGGAACCGCAUAGGCUCGGAAAACCCCAGUGAUGUUUUCCGGUUUUUGGUGGAAGAACGCAUUCAGUGCUGUCAGACCCGAAAAGUCCGCUACACGGAGAGGGUGGAUUACCUGAUGCAGUUACCCGUGGCCAUGGAGGCAGCAACCAACAAAGAUGAACUGAUCGCCUACGAGUUGACGAGAAGGGAAGCAGAAGCAAACAGAAGACCCCUUCCUGAACUGGUGCGUGCCAAGAUACCAUUUAGUGCCUGCCUGCAGGCCUUUUCUGAACCAGAGAACGUGGAUGAUUUCUGGAGCAGCGCCCUCCAGGCAAAGUCUGCGGGUGUGAAAACAUCUCGCUUUGCCUCAUUCCCUGAAUACUUGGUAGUGCAGAUAAAGAAGUUCACUUUUGGUCUUGACUGGGUUCCCAAAAAAUUUGAUGUUUCUAUUGAUAUGCCAGACCUACUUGAUAUCAACCACCUCCGAGCCAGGGGGUUACAGCCAGGAGAGGAGGAACUUCCGGACAUCAGCCCUCCCAUCGUCAUUCCUGAUGACUCAAAAGAUCGCCUGAUGAACCAACUGAUAGACCCCUCAGACAUCGAUGAGUCAUCGGUGAUGCAGCUGGCUGAGAUGGGCUUCCCGCUAGAAGCGUGUCGGAAGGCUGUGUACUUUACUGGAAAUAUGGGAGCCGAGGUGGCCUUCAACUGGAUCAUUGUUCACAUGGAGGAGCCAGAUUUUGCUGAACCAUUGACCAUGCCUGGUUACGGAGGAGCAGCCUCCGCUGGAGCCUCUGUUUUUGGUGCUACUGGGUUGGAUAACCAGCCUCCAGAGGAGACUGUGUCUAUCAUCACCUCCAUGGGAUUCCAUCGAAAUCAGGCUAUUCAGGCGCUACGAGCAACGAACAGUAACCUGGAAAGAGCACUGGAUUGGAUCUUUAGCCACCCCGAGUUUGAGGAGGACAGUAACUUUGUGACCGAGAUGGAGAAUAACGCCAAUGCAAACAUUAUUUCCGAGGCCAAGCCUGAAGGACCUCGAGUCAAGGAUGGAUCCGGAAUGUACGAAUUAUUUGCAUUCAUCAGUCACAUGGGAACAUCUACAAUGAGUGGCCAUUAUGUUUGCCAUAUUAAAAAGGAAGGAAGAUGGGUGAUCUACAAUGACCACAGAGUGUGUGCCUCCGAAAGGCCCCCGAAAGACCUGGGCUACAUGUACUUUUACCGCAGGAUACCAAGCUAAACCUCAGAUGUACAAAUCGGCGAGAAGCCAUACGCCUUUUUAAUUUGCCAAAAAAAUAAAAAAAAUAAAAAAAAGAAGUUGGGACAGCCAAACAUAAAGGAAUACGUGGGGGUAUUUAUAGUUUAUUUAAAGAGCAUCAUUUGACUCCUUCUGAAAUAGAACUGGGAAGACAUUUCUAUUAGCAAUGAUACACUACUGUAGAUAGUUUUUCUUUUUAUAAAUGUUCAAGGAGAGAAUGGUUAAAAAGAGAAAAGCGUUCGCUCCUAUUGCUGGUAGGGAAUCUGCCACCAGCACGUCAAAGACAGGAAUGUGCCACCAAUCCUCAAUUUUGCUUUGUGGGGGGGUGAGGUCAGUGGUCUGGUCCCACCCACAAUAAAUGAAAAGCCCACUUUCGUUUCAUAGCAAAAAUCAGUAACUGGGCUGGGCUUUAUUUGUGACAUACUUUUUUUUUUCCAUUCAGUACAAGAAUUUCCGACCUGAGUAUAGUAAAUUAGAGCAUCUGCAAUGACAUGUUUUUAAUUUAAUCCCAUCACAAUUCAGAACACAACUGCGCGGAUGUGUGCGAGACUGAGACAGAAUGUCAACGAGGAAAUCUGUGGCAGGUUGGUUUGGAAAGGUUAAACGAGUUGGCGUUAAGCACAGCUGGGAAAAGCAAGUACAUCUUUUAAAGAAACCAUAACUCAGGAACAGUUGGAAAAAAUAGUUCCCUGCUUACAUUUUCAGGCAUGAAAUGGACAGAGUUGUCCCUUUAAGCGCAGUCAAAAAUUCACUUGGGUGUGUGACAUUUGGUGGUGUACCGCCAGAUGCCAGAUGCUGAGAGCAUCACAGUAUUAUUAUUCUUUGCCAAAGGUAGAUGGAUUUUGGGUGUCAGCAGCCCUUCCCUCUAGGUAUAGUGUGUAUUUUUAGCUGAUGGCUUCUUACCGUCACACAUGACAACUGUUUGGAAUCAUGUUAAGUGCCCCAAAUUAGUCUGGUUUUCUCCCCCCCCCCCCCCCCCCGCUGUUUUCUGGGGCCAGAGUCUCACCUUUGCCCUUUCUUGGCUCAUCACCUCCUGACUUGCCUUCAUUGCUUAUCUGCUGUCACCAAUAAUGUGAUCGUGGGCACGCCCACGGGUUCAGCGGCAAAGAAACCUAGCAUGACGUGAAGGACCAUCAUGUCCAUGUGGCACUUCAGCACGUGAAUGGCAGCGAAGGAUUAGAAUGUCAGAUGGGAUGAAAAAGUGGAAGGCUGGUGCCCUAGAAUUCUCCUUCUGCUCUGCACCAAGUUCCAGUCUCUCUGGAGUUUCUAUUUCAGAUUAUUCAGUCAAAUGAAAAAGGACUUGUUGCUGUCUGCUUGAUAUGCCUUUGAUUGGUAGGAAGGAUCCUUUUUAGAAGCUGGAGGAAGAUAAAAUAGAACCAGUUGGGUGAAAUACAGCACAGACAGUGGAUUAUGACCUGGGAGCUAUGAUCUUUCAGGUUAUGAUGGGGCCUGUCUCACAGAGACCUGUGAGCACGGGCACAGAGCCCAAGGGCGGGCCCUGGAGCUGGGGGGUGGGGGGGAGAGGAGGAGAGGUUGCCUUCAGCGGGGGCACAUCCCCCAUCCUCCCUGUGCCUCACUCUCUUUGUCUGCACCAUGGUAUGAUGACAUCUGCUCUCUUUUCCCAACUUUGCUUCAAAGACAUGGUGAGAUUGGAUACCUUGAAUCUUUAAAGAACAGAAGGGGGUGUGCCAGGGAGCGUCCUAGUGGAGUAUGUUCCCUCCUCUCUCAUCUGAUGUUUUCUUCAGUUUGGGAACAACUGAGAUUGGCAUAAGGAGGAAGCUCAUGGUGCAGUCAUUCUCUACUUAACUCUGCCCCCUGGGGUCUAUGCGAUUCCCACGCUCAGCAACCUUACAAAGUCUGGUCUCCUUAGGUCUGAGUGAGUACCCCUGGAAUAAUGAUGCCAGACACACAAUAAAUGACGGGUUUUCAUGCUAUUACAAAGCAAAGGCCUUCUUAGGGGUGGGGGUGUGAUUGAGGAUUUGGAUUAAAAUGUGGACAGAGAUAGCAUGUGUAUUUUGCACAGAAUAAAAAUUUUAUAAUAAAACCUUGCAAAAUGGAUGGUAUAAAAUCAGUAUAGAAAAUUAUAAGCUAUACAGUAUUGAAUUUAAUUAAGUAGAAAAAUUAAUUUAGCCCUUUUUGAUGCCUAACCAUACUGUAAAAAAAUAAAAUAAAAAUGGCUGCCUUUUUUUUUCUGCCUCAAAAAACAAAGGGCUAUUUCUACAAGGCCAAGUUUUUUGUAUAUGUGCUAUUCUUCAUUUCAGAAGGAAAAUUGGGGAAAAACUGGAGCAAACAAUAAGUUUCUUUUUGCUUAAAAAAUGUAUUUAUAUGUAUUCCUUUAAUAUAUAUAAGGCAGGUUUCCCUGGAAUAAAAGUCUGGAACAUACUGCUUAAUUUUACACACAUAUGUAGAUGAAAUUAUUUGUAACUGAAAACUGGAAUCAUGUCUGGGUUUUGUCAAUUGACUAUCAGCCUGUUCGGAGUCCUCUGUGUAAGGCGUGGUGGUAUCAUUGUGAAAUUCUUACUGUGUGUGGGUGCACGUGUGAGAGAGCCCCUUUUUUUCCUGUAAAUAUCUCUUUGAUAUCUAUUUGUGUAAAAGCCCAAUGAAUGUGUCUUUGGAAAAUAUAAUGUAUCAAAGUUU